AUGCCGUUCCACACAGCAUCCUACUGGGGCAAAGCACACCAAAUGUUGCUCCAAGGUUGGCCAGGUUCAAGCACCGCUGUGUAUGUGGUGGCUGUGUUGUUAGUUUUCUUCCUUGCGAUUUUGGCGGAGUGCCUCGCUCAUGUCAACCUCGUUAAAUCAAGCUCGAAUCGAGUAGCGGGAUGUUUGUUCACAGCCGGAAUGCGGGCUGUUCGAGCUGGGAUAGCUUCUAUGGCUAUUCUGGCUGUCAUGUCUUACAAUGCUGGCAUUUUCAUAGCAACCAUUGUUGGACAUGCUGUUGGGUAUGGGGAAACUUAUUUCCCAAAUAAGCACGUGGCUUUUCAAAGCUGUGGUUUGAUUCUGUUCGCUAUUAGUAUUGUUGAAUUGGAAGAGUGA